AUGAAGGAAACAAAAGAGAAGGAGGAGACGGCAAAGAAAGAUGCGAGUGCUAAAGAUAAGAGUGAGGCAACAGAGAACAUAGCUCAACUUCCAAUACAAAAUUCAGAAGAAUUAGAUCUUGAAGCAUUAGAACAGGUUGAAAGAGAGCUAAAAAAGAAUUCAAAGAACAUGGCCGAUGAGGAUAAAAAGAAAGAGGGGGCAACAGAGAAAGAUGCAAGCACUCAUAAAAAAGAGAAGAGUGAGGCUCAGAUUCCAACUCAAAAUUCAGAAGACUUAUAUCUUGAAGAAAUAGAACGGGUUGAGGAAGAGCUUAAAAAGAAGAAGAAAGCAGACAAUGAAACGAAGGCUUACAAUGAGCAGGCACUAAAGUCACCACCGAGGACGGUUGCGAAAGAAGCGCGUUGGUCAUUGAAAACACCAGUGACCGACAUGCUUUCUUUCGAUUUAGGAAUCUCUCCCUGGGUAUCUUGGCAAAGCCCAUUGGUGACUAAAAUAAUAACCAUUCCGAAAAAGAAUUUCAAUAGUCCCUCUAGCCCUCAGAUCAUUGACCUUACAAUGAUGGAAAUACCAAAUGAUCGUAUAUCCACAGGGUUAUGUAACUCUCCAUUUAACAAGUUAUAUAUGAUUGUCUCUCCACAGGUAGCAGGGGAAAGAUUCGUUCUUGUCAUUAAUCUGGAUGAAGAGGAGAGUGAUAUCGAGAUCCAGCUGACAGAGGAAGAAUCCGAAAGGACAACAUCAUAA